UUAUAUUAUAACCUUCAUAGAUUCUUGAAUGAUUAUCUGCAACUUGCGGGGGUGCUGACUGAUAUAUGAAGAAUAGAGUUCCAAGUUGUCAUUUUUAUAAUCCAAGUUAUUAGUUUGUACCAAAACCAGUACGAUCAGAAAGUUGCGCAGCAUCAAUAUGGGAUGCAUACAUUCAAGGAAUCAGGGUCAUCAUCAUGAUCCUUAUUGUUGUAGGGCUUCAUCAAAAUAUCCAAGCACUUCUCUAUAUUCAGCAAGGCAUGCUGCUUAUGAUGAUGGAAGAAGCAAGCUGCAGUCAAGGUAUUCAAGAAAUGGUGACGAUUACCAUUCUCUUGAGCAGGUUACGAAAGCUCUUGUGCAAGCUGGUCUGGAAUCUUCCAACCUUAUUGUAGGCAUUGAUUUUACCAAAAGCAAUGAGUGGACCGGCUCGCGGUCUUUCCAUCAUAAGAGCCUGCAUCACCUUGGGGAUUCUCUGAAUCCGUAUGAACAGGCAAUUUCAAUAAUAGGAAGAACGUUGUCAGAUUUUGAUGAGGAUAACCGCAUCCCUUGUUUUGGCUUUGGUGAUGACACAACUCGUGAUAAAAAAGUCUUUAGCUUCUAUCCAGAUGAUCAAGUAUGCCAUGGCUUUGAGGAAGUCCGGAGUCGUUACAGAGAAUUAGUCCCCCAUGUUCACUUAGCUGGACCAACAUCUUUUGCUCCAAUCAUUGAAACUGCUAUUGAAAUUGUGGACAAUAGUGGUGGUCAGUAUCAUAUUCUUCUGAUCAUUGCUGAUGGACAGGUUACAAGAAGUGUAGACACUGCUAAUGGACAGUUAAGUCCUCAGGAGCAGAAUACUACUGAUGCCAUUGUAAAAGCAAGUAAUUAUCCCUUGUCAAUUGUGCUGGUUGGAGUUGGUGAUGGACCAUGGGACAUGAUGCAUCAAUUCGAUGACAACAUUCCUUGUCGGGCUUUCGAUAAUUUUCAGUUUGUGAAUUUCACAGAAAUUAUGUCGAAGCACAUUCCCGUGUCGAAGAAGGAGACAGAGUUUGCUCUGAAUGCUUUAAUGGAAAUGCCAUCCCAAUAUAAAGCCACAAUAGACCUCCAACUCUUAGGCUUCCAAAGAGGUACUCCUGUAAGGAAUAUUGCUCUUCCUCCUCCACCUGGAAACAGCUCGGUUAAUUCCUGUCCCAAAUAUAGCAGCAAUAAUGCUUAUGCCCCGUCUGCAGAUCAUUCUUCAGACAACAGGCGGCAAUGUCCCUUGUGUUUAUGCAAUAAGAAAGAUCUUGCAUUCGGCUGCGGACAUCAGACAUGCUAUGAUUGUGGGAAAUACUUGAUGCGAUGCCCCAUUUGUCGAGCCUAUAUAACCACAAGGAUAAAAUUGUACGAGUAAGCUGAGCAGCAACUAUAACAGUUAUAACAGUGGGAACCUAAGACAUUGUUUACACACUUGUGUGAUUAUAAAUUAUGGAGGGUAGCCCGAAAAAUAUUAAGAGAUUGGGCAACCUCUAUUAUCCUUAGCUUCUUCUUUUCUUUCUUAUUAGGAUUCCAAUCUUUUUUUGUUCCGCAUCAUAUAGAAAGUUGACAGGACAAGGCGUUGUUAGAUUAAUGCUCAAUUUCCAUAAAACUGCUCUUUAGCUA